AAUAUUUCCCCAUCAUUUGGAAAUAUAUUUUAUGCUCUCCAAACUGGUGUAUGAUAAAUAUCAAAGAAAAUUUGUCAAGCUCGUUGAAACUACCCUGCUUGUCCUCCAUACAAAUUUAUUCCUCAGCAAAUUUUACGGUAAUCACAUUGGGCGCAGUUUAGCAAGCCUAAAAAAACCGCGAGGAAACGAUAAGACAAAUAAUCACAUAAUUAAGUCAUGCAACUAAUUCCCGAAAGAUUAAGAUGCCUAGAUUCAGACCCCGCAGUCAGACGUGUUUCCGUGUUAUUGUGAUAAUAGGAACUACAGUGAUAAAUUCUAAACUAAACUGGGACGGACUAAAUACAAAUGCGCAAGGAGUACCUUAAAUCUUACCUGAUAUCAGGGGAAACUUAUAAAACCGUUUUUCCCACUGGGAGUUGACAGUUGGUUCUUCUUCGGGUUGAUAGUUACGAGUAUGAACCAGUGGAGGUACUUUUAAUUGAGGGAUAAUAAAUUGUCUGGAAGGAAAGGAAUUAUUAAGGGAUUCAGGGAUUUUUCAAUUAAACUAAAAUAAGGAAUAGAAAUGCUGAGCCGAGAAGUUGGAGCACUUGUAAUUUUUUAUGGGAUAGGAGUAAUUUCUUCGCAUUAUACUGACAGCCCUUUGAGGGAUAAAUAUGAUGGAUAUGGAGACGACUGGAUCUUCAUGCCUGAUGGCAAUGGCCAUCCGCAGGUGGCUGUCCUAAAAGGCCAGGGCCCCGAGUUCAGGGGACUUAUCGAUGAAUCUGUAAACUAUCACCUAUACACAAGAAAUGGACCACCCAAUGGAACCAUGCUAUUCAACGGAAAUUUGGAUUUGAUAAAAAAUUCUGGAUUUUCUCCAUGGAAUCCCACGAAAUUCAUUACUCACGGUUGGAAAUCCAGUGCCUUCAGUGCAAGUCUUCUCAACUUGAAAGACGCUUACUUGAGGAGAGGAGAUUACAACGUCAUCCUCGUGGACUGGGAACCUUUGGCGUCGAGUACGUUUUACCUGGGACCCAUGCAAAAUACUGGAAAAGUUGGAAAACAGGCUGGACUAUUCAUCGAUUUUUUAAUCCAGGAAACUGGAAUCAGAUCUGUGGAUAUUCACUUCAUAGGUCAUUCAUUGGGAGCUCAUGUAGCUGGAAAUGCUGCAGCAUCGACGACCCAUGGUAAGCUGGGACGAGUGACAGGCCUGGAUCCGGCGCUUCCUGGCUUCCACGUUAUCACCUCGAAUGAUGGAAAAUUGGACUCCUCAGACGCGGAUUUCGUCGAUGUAAUUCAUUCUUGUGGAGGAAUCUUGGGAUUUCUCCAACCAGUGGGUCAUGCCGAUUUUUAUCCCAAUGGAGGGGUGGCUGUGCAGCCUGGAUGCUGCUGUCUACCAGAGAUAACAGAGGCUUGUAGCCAUGGCAGAGCCUACGUCUACUUUACAGAAAGUAUAUUCUCAGACGCAGGCUUAUUAGCCACUAAAUGUGACACCUGGGAUCAAUUUAGAAUCGGUGCCUGCAGUAAUUCAGCCAUGGUUUUUAUGGGAGAACCAGUGGAUCAUGCAGCCAGAGGGAAUUAUUUUCUUAAAACCAGGGCUGAGGCACCUUUCGCUGAUUCUCCUAAAAAAUCACUGCCCUCUGGGAUUUCUGAAACGGAUUGCGAUGAACCUGGUGGCUGGCAAAUCGAGGAUGGUCUACGAGUAUGUGGAACAAAUUCCGUUUAAGUGACAACACGUAAA